GCUGUACCACUGAGCUAAAUACCCAACUGGGAGAAAAGUAACUUUAUUUUACAGUUUACUAUAUUUAAAGGGCUGAGCGGGUCACUGGGAAUGUCCAGCCUUAUCUAGUACUUUAGAAGUCGCAAGGACUCAGAGCAACCUGACCACACUAACCCCCAAAGCACAUCAAAGUGUCCUGCACAGAUGUGAAUGCCAAGGAGAGGAUUUGCUGAGUGGUAGGUUGCCCUUGAUUUUAGUUUUGCCCUUGAUGGAAGCCACAGGCCAUAGAACCAAAUCAUUUGAAAGUUCCAAGUAAACGAAAGUGAUCCUGAUGGUCUUUGAUGCAAAGCCCAUGCAGUUACUAUCACGGCCAUUUGUGUCAUGUCUGUGUCUCCAUGAUGGACUCAAGGCCAAUGAGAAGCUGUUCACAUUAAGGAAAGAAACCUGCAAUGAGGAUCCGUUCUCCCACAUCCCGCCUGCUGGAACACCUGGAAUCCCCUUAUUUUAUCUCAGAGGACAGAAGAAAGGGGCCAAGUUUUCCACACCCAGGGGUGCUCCAGAGAGAUGCCACCCGACCCCAGUGCUGCUGUGAUUUCUGAAGCUCGUCCAAGACAUCUUGUGCCUCCCUCGAUCCCCUCCCCUUCCUGCUAUUUUGUAGUUAUGUCCACUGGGGAGUUGUAUGGCAGGAAGGCAUGCUUUUAUUUACCGUGUGUGGGCUGCCUGUUCUCACAGUGUCCGUGUGCAGCCUACGACUCCAGGGUUCAGUCCAGUCCCUGUCAUCUGACCAUGAAGAUUUGGUGGCUCCUUCUGGUUAUGGGCACAUGCGCAAAGAGUGUGUACUCCCAGGACACCUGCCGGCAAGGGCACUCUGGCAUCCCGGGGAAUCCAGGUCACAAUGGCCUCCCGGGAAGAGACGGACGAGAUGGUUCCAAGGGUGACAAAGGAGACACAGGAGAACCAGGACAUCCUGGAGACCCAGGGAAGGAUGGAAUUCGUGGGGAGAAAGGAGAACCAGGAGCAGAUGGAAGAGUUGAAGCAAAAGGCAUCAAAGGUGAUCCAGGCUCCAGAGGAUCCCCAGGGAAGCAUGGCCCGAAGGGAUCCAUUGGCCCUACAGGAGAACAAGGGCUGCCAGGAGAGACUGGCCCACAGGGGCAGAAGGGAGAUAAAGGCGAUGUGGGCCCCACUGGUCCAGAAGGACUGAUGGGCAGUACUGGACCAUUGGGUCCCAAGGGUUUACCUGGUCCAGUGGGCCCCAUUGGCAAACCAGGUCCUAAGGGAGAAGCCGGACCCAUGGGACCCCAGGGGGAGCCAGGAGUCAGAGGGAUGAGAGGCUGGAAAGGCGAUCGAGGAGAGAAAGGGAAAGUGGGCGAGGCUCCCAUCUUGCCUAAGAGUGCCUUCACUGUGGGGCUCACGGUGAUCAGCAAGUUCCCUCCUCCUGAUGCGCCCAUUAAAUUCGAUAAGAUCCUAUACAAUGAACUGAACCAUUACAACGUGGCGACGGGGAAAUUCACCUGCCACGUGGCCGGCGUCUACUACUUCACUUACCACGUCACUGUAUUUUCCAGGAAUGUACAGGUCUCUUUGGUCAAAAAUGGGGCAAAAGUCCUGCAUACCAAGGAUGGUUACAUGAGCUCGGAGGACCAGGCCUCUGGUGGCAUCGUGCUGGAGCUAAAGCUUGGGGACGAGGUGUGGAUGCAGGUGACGGGAGGAGAGAGGUUUAAUGGCUUGUUUGCAGAUGAAGAUGAUGACACCACCUUCACCGGCUUCCUUCUGUUCAGCAGCUCUUGACACAGCGGACUCUGCACAUGGGCCUCACUGAAGGCUCUGCUGGUGGACAUGGUGCCCCCAGAGCUAGCUCGGGGACAGUGGGAUAUGACUGCAUCCAUUCCUCCAAUUAUUGCAUCCAUCCUAAAGUAUAGAGGUGGGAAGCUAAGCCUACAAAGUCAGUCAUUCGAUCACAUUCAUAAUAAACUAACUCAGAGACA